AUAUAUAUAUAUAUAUAUUACAAUGCAAAUAAGUCUUUUGCAAGUAAUACAAACUAAAGCAAUUAUAUGAACGAAUAUUCCUGAAUGUUGCUGUACUCCAGUUGUAUUUCAUUGGUAAUUUCUUUCUAAUUCGUUGAUCCCAAAUAAUAAGUACGAAUCCAGUUAUUAAACUACAGACAUUUUUCCGCUUUCACUGUCAUUGUAAUUUGAAAUUUGUUUAUUGACUUAUGAAGUAAUUAUUAUGAAUGCACAUUUCCGUAAGUAGCAUUACUUUGUAUUAUAGUCUAUUUCAAGCUAAUUAUCCAAAGUAAGCUGUAAUUACUACUAAAAUGUACUAUGAAUGUACAUUUCAAAUUCAAUGGGGAAAUCUACAGACAAAUAGAUGGUGUCGCGAUGGGUUCACCUCUAGGUCCCAUAAUGACUGAUAUUUUUCUCGCGAAACUAGAAAACGGGCCACUCACACAACAGAUUGAAAAGUUUUCACUUUAUUGCCGAUAUAUGGACGACACGUUCAUCCUAUGUAACGACUAUACUGACUUAAUGGAGACACUGCAGCUAUUCAAUACAACUCAUCCGUCUAUAAAAUUCACAUGUGAGGAGGAAAAUGGAGGUAGGAUCGCUUUUCUAGAUGUUCUCCUUACAAGGAGAAAAGACGAUUCAUUAAAGAGAAAUAUAAACAGGAAAACAUCGUGGACGGGUCAGUAUACUAACUUUCUUAGUUUUGUUCCUCUACAGUACAAAAGGAACCUAAUUAAGACAUUACACUAUAGAAUUAAGACCAUAUGCUCUGAAGAUACGGUCGAAGAAGAAACAAAAGCAUUAUAUAUGACCCUGAGGGAAAAUGGAUACCCGGAGAAAUUUAUAAACAAAAACAUAACUAGUAAAAGAGACCAUAAAGAAUGUUUAACUGUGAAUAAAAAGCCUCUGUAUAUACGUCCACAAUUCAGAGGUGACGCACCUAGCGAAAUGGUAAGAUUGAAACUACGAAGAUCAAUUGAAAGGACUUUUAAUGCAGGUAAACUACAACUCAUGUUUUCCACACGCCCAAUGAUCACGCCGACGUUGAAAGAUAAAUUGCCUAGACUAGCCACUUCCUUCUGUAUCUAUCAAUUCAACUGCUCCUGUGGAGCAAGUUAUAUAGGCAGAUGUUCUAGGAAUUUGUAUACUCGGGCUCGUGAACACCUUCCAGUGUGGUUAAGCAAAGGUGUAGUCAGAACGGUUAACAGCUCUGUUUUAGCCCAUUUAGUUCAGACGGGACAUAUAGCCGACAUCGAGCAAUCCUUCACAGUAAUAUAUCGUGUUAAUAGUAGUCUACCUAAUUCUGUCAGACAGAGAAUCCUGCAGACGGCUGAGGCAAUUGCUAUUCGGAUCAAAAAGCCAGAGCUCUGCAUCCAAAAGAAAUAUGUACAGCCGCUCCUUUUACCCUGGCCAACUUCAGGGUCAACUUGUUAAUGAUCAAUUUUGUAAUAUGGUGACAUUAAUUUGAUUAAUGUUCACUUCUAUAUCUCAAACUUAGUUUAUCUACACAUCUUAUCAGUCAUUAUUCUUCUUAUUAUUAUCUUUAUUAUUAUUAUUAUGAUUAUUAUCACACCUGCUAACCUUUUAAAGAAAUUUAUUCGUCAUCCACCCCCUAUCUACUAUAUCUGACCUAAUUUGUAUAAUUCUACAUAUUACGUAAUUUCCGAUUUGUAAUCCCAUUGUUCUAUCUCUCACCCCCAUGUCAACUAUAUAUAUUCUGAUCAUUUAUAUUACGAUUUCAUUUCACCUAUAAACUGAUUCAAGUUAACACAUCAUAUUAGUCAUCCCAAAAACAUUAACGAUUCGAUCUUAUUUUAUUUUAUAUGACAAACAAUCCUUGAUUCACAUAUUACAGUUUCUUAAAUUGAUGUACUCCGCCUUAAACUUGGCCAAUCUUCUUUUAUGGAUUAUUAAUUUAUAAUUGUAGAACCUGAUGAGAAAUUAUUGAAAAGAAUAUUCUUCGUUCAUUUAAUUGUGUUUUAAGCUGUAAUGGCU